GCUGUUAAGCUCAUUCAUAUAAGAUUCAAUAAAUUUGGGUAUUUUUUUCACCGCCUGGGAGCUUGUUGCCACAGAAAUUAAUCAGCUGUUGUUUGCUAUCACUACUAGUUUUUAACAAAUUAAAAACAGAAACCGCUGCUCGUUUGAAUAGAAAUAAUAUACAGGUCAAUCAAAUGUCUCGCUCCAGUUACUUGAAGCGGUUCAGUUUCCUCUCACUACAAAGUAGAUACCUUUGUAGUCAACACCAAUGGAAACAACCGAGCGAAGGGAGAGAUACAGGCAUACGGAUUUAUAAUUGUGUUGCUCGAAAGCAAGUACCCCUAAUACUUUCCAACGAUGCAUAUGCAACUUGGUAUACAUGUGGGCCCACUGUUUAUGACUUCACACAUAUUGGACACAUCAGUUGCUAUGUUAAAUUAGACAUUAUACAACGUAUUUUGCGCCACCAUUUCAAUGUGAAUUUAGUAACGGCUAUGAAUAUAACUGAUAUAGAUGAUAAAAUUAUACAGAAAAGUAUAGAAAGUGGUAAACCGUGGCAUGAGUUAUCUCGUUUCUACGAAAACGAAUUCUGGUCGGUUCUUAAGCAACUAAAUGUGCAAGAGCCAAAUAUAAAAGUACGCGUCACUGAGAAUAUACCACGAAUUGUCGAAUUUAUCACGCGCAUCAUAGGAAAAGGUAGUGCUUACAAAGGUAACGAUGGCAGUGUAUACUUUGCCGUCAAUACAUGCAGAAACUAUGGUAAACUGCAAAAGACAAAUAUAGAUGAAGACCCGGAAAAGCCAAUACUUGGUGUAGAAGGCAAAACGGCUCCCGCGGAUUUUGCUCUAUGGAAGGCACAAAAAUGUGAAAAUGAACCAGCUUGGCCAUCACCUUGGGGCCCAGGACGUCCAGGUUGGCAUAUUGAAUGUAGCACUUUGGCCAGCAUGAUAUUUGGACAACAACUGGACUUUCAUGCCGGAGGCUUAGACUUACGUUUUCCUCAUCACGAAAACGAAGAAGCCCAAAGUUGUGCAUACCAUGGUUCAGAGCAAUGGGUGAACUAUUGGCUGCAUAGUGGGCAGUUGCAUGUUAAAGGACAAUCAGUAAAAAUGUCGAAAUCUCUGAAAAAUACCAUAUCUGUGGGUGCAAUGUUGGAACGUUAUACUGCGGAUGAAUUUAGAUUAGCUUGUGCAUUAUCUAAUUAUCGCAAUGCUAUGGACUACAGUGACACGUUAAUGGAAACAUCAAGAAAUACAUUGAAAAGACUUAAAUCUUUUAAAGCCGAUUGCAAUGCUUAUUUGAGUGGUAAAAAGCAGGGUGCACAGGUGGAGGCAAGUGAGAUGCUUGGUGACCUCGAGCGAGCGAAAAAUAAUAUUGAUGCCUGCUAUAAAGAUGAUUUUGAUACAUCGUGUAGCAUUGGUGUACUACUUGAACAGGCAAACGCAGUAAGUCGUCAAAUUAAUGCUGGUACUGCGGAAAACGAAAAGUUAUACACUAGCAGUUGCUUGGAUGCCGUGGCGGCGGUGCAAAAUUUUGUGCAACAACAACUGCAAAUUUUGGGUUUCAGUCUUGUAGAAGAAUCUAGAGCACAUGUGAUGGGUGCAGCAACUGAAUUCGACUUGGAAGGUUUGGUAGAGGAUUUAUUACAAUCAAGGCGCCUAAUACGAGAACGUGCCGUAGCGGGGAAAAAUAAGGAACUAUUUCAAAUAUGUGACGAGCUUCGUAACUGCUUACGGCAACACGGUAUUGAUAUACAAGAUCACAAUAAGGGUACUUCAUGGCAAUUUAGUGGAAAUAAACAAUAAAAGCUCUUUGUUAACAAAAAA